CUUCCUCUCCCUACGCGCUUCUUCUUCCGACGCGUAUCGGCCCCUUACCGCCCCUGCCGCUCCCUCCGCUCAUCCUCCGUCCACACCCCCUUCCCUAGCCCCCCUCGUGGUUCCCGAGCAUGAUGCCUCUCUCCCCGCAACGCACUCCGCUUGCUACGCGGCAGUCCUCGUCCGCGUACUACGACGGCGAGCAGACUAUCGUCAAGCCUGAACAGCUCGGAAAUCUCGAGACGCCGUCUUCAAACCUCAUGCCCUCGCUCUUCAACAUCACUCCGCCUACCACCGCUCCCCGGAGACGUUUAGAAGACAACGCCCAAUCACAACAGCAACAACAGCAACAGCAGCAGCAGCAGCAGCAGCAGCAGCAACAGCAACAACCACAGCAGAUCGCAGACAUCUCCCCCCACCUGCAUCCCGCAGUCACCCUCAAACGCUCGCGCUCGCUCGCCACCUCCCCCAUCUCCGACGACGACGACCACGCGUCCGCGCUCAACACCUCCUUGCUCGGCCCGCACCAGCUCACCACGCCGCGCACCGUCUUCUCGUCCCUCGGCGCUUCCGACACGCUCUACUCGUCCCCUGCCGAGAACGCGGCCGCGAAACGGCCCCGGCUCGCGCGCUCGUUCUCGACCUCGGCCGCGUCGUCGAUCAAUUAUUCGCAUCACGCGCUCGGAGGUGGGUUUGGUGGUCGUCGCUCGGACGAUGAUGAUGAUGAGGAGGACUUCUUUGGUCCGUCGUCGGCGAUCGAACCGACCAUGGCGCCUAUGAUGGAGCACACCAUCUCCGCUCCCGCGCUGCCGUCAAACAUGGGCAUGCGCAUGUACACCCAGCACCUGCACCACCAGCAGCACCAACUCCAGCAGCACCAGCACCAGCCGCAGCAGCACCAGCAGCGACGCGCGGAUCUGAUGCCGUUCCAGACGCCGGGGAGGUUGCCGUCGUCGGUGUCGAUGGAGAAGUCGCUUUCUGAUCUACCUGCUUACGGCGCGUAUCUUGCGCGGCAGCGACGCGAGAAUGGCGAUGAUGGGAACUCGAUCUGGAGCUCUGACGUUGAGGAGGCUUUUAUGGAGGCCAUCAAGAAAAUCCCAAAGGUCGGCCGCAGAAAGAUCACGGUGAAUGGCAGACCGUGUGGCAGGAACGAGUUGAUUUCCGAUUACAUUCUGCGCAAGACCGGCAAAGUGAGGACCAGAAAACAGGUCUCCAGUCAUAUCCAGGUUUUGAAGCAUCUGCUCAAAGAUGACCACGAGUUCAUGAACCUCGUGUCAGACACCCCGACCUCCACGCAAAACUCGACGAUGCCCCUCCUCUUCACCAGCCCAACCGGCCCCAACAACGCCCCGAAAUCCUCCCUCUCGAGCGCGGCCCGCCGCCCGCCUCUGCCUUCAAGCACCACCACCCCGGUCAACAGCAUGCGCAACGCCGCCGGCCAACUCACCCCAAUGUCGCAGCCGCCGGCCGUGACCCGGCCUGGCGCGCACCCGGGCUCGCGGGGGUCGACCUCGUCGCACCAUCAUCCGUCGCUGGUCGUGUCGUCGCAGCAGCAAACCCCGGCGUCGUCGUUCCACGGCCAUCCGUCGCCUACGCCGAAGGUCGAAGCACCCGUGUCGCCGCUCGACAGCUCGCCGAUCGAGAACGGAGGCAUGAUCCUGACGGACCAGCACCUGCUCGCACAGCAACAUCACCACCACCACCACAACCAGAGCCCGUUCCUGUCGCCGACCGAGACGCACGGGCACGACCACCACCUGCACCGACAGCCGGCGGCCACACCGCAACAGACGACGACGAUUCCGAGCGCGGCGGAGAUGCCGGCGUCGAUGGCGUCGGGAAACAUGAGCAUGAUGUUUACAAACCCGAAUUUCCUGCGCAUGAUGCCAAUGUCGCGCUCGCAGAUCCAGCAGAGCGUGAAUCCGGCGUACAUCGACGAGGGCGCGGUUGCCGCCCAGCAGCAAGCCCAGCAGCAGGUGCAACAACAGCAGGUACAGCAGCAGGCGCAGCAGCAGGCGCAAGCGCAGGACUCGUUGCCGCUGGGGACGUGGAUCGAGUGUGACCCGACGAUGUCUUCGGAAGCCGACGGCGCGUCGUCGAGUCAUAUCACCGAGAUCUACACGAACGAGGACGAGUUGCUGCUGUGGUAAUCUAAUCUCCACCACCUGCUUGUUCUGUUCAUUUUUCACUCUUUUUAUUUUUUGUCGAUGGUUUAGUAAAUUUAUUGGUAGCGCGGCUUGCUAAAGGCGUAAUGACGAAAGUGUCUGAUGUUUUCUUAUUUCUAUUUUCCCCUCUCAUGUUCAAUAUGUCUGUUUUUUAUGUCCGUCCCACCCCCCAUUUCUUGGUCUGUCUGUGGCACUUCUUUGUUCUUUCCAGUGUUUGCACUUCUUGUUUUUAUUU